GGAGAGAAUCGGCCGUUUUCGCCUCGACAGAAUGUAAACACAGGCAGGCGGUUCUCAUGUAAACAGACACAUCACAGAACUUUCAUUACAGUCGUUAAAACAUGAGUAAUAUAUACAUACAAGAACCUUCGACUGAAGGAAAGGUUCUGAUGGUGACGAGUGCUGGGGACUUUGACAUCGAACUGUGGUCCCGUGAAGCCCCAAAGGCAUGCAGGAACUUUGUCCAGCUGUGCAUGGAAAGCUACUACAAUGGCACCAUCUUCCACCGUGUUAUUCCAGGCUUCAUCGUUCAGGGAGGAGAUCCAACAGGCACAGGAGAAGGCGGGGAAUCCAUUUAUGGAAAGCCCUUUAGGGAUGAAUUCCACUCUCGACUUCGUUUUGUUCGCCGUGGCCUUGUGGCCAUGGCUAAUGCCGGCCCUCAUGAUAACGGCUCACAGUUCUUCUUUACUCUGGGCCAAUGUCCAGAGCUGCAGAACAAGCACACAAUCUUUGGCAAGGUGACAGGGAACACCCUCUACAACUUGCCUAGAUUUGAGGAAGGAAUCAUCGGAAAAGAUGACAGACCAGAAUAUCCACACAAGGUGAUCAAAACUGAAGUGCUGAACAAUCCGUUCCCAGAUAUUGUACCACGUAUAAAAAGUAAAUCAAUAAAACUGGCAUUCCCCAAAGGUCUCAUGCCCUCAUCCCUUCCCUUUAGAAAUUUCAAGCUGCUCUCCUUUGGCGAUGAAGCAGAAGAGGAGGAGGAAGAGGUCCUAGCAGCAACUAAAAACUUCACCACCAAAGGCAACUCAGCCCAUGACAUCGCCAUGGAUCCUACGCUCUCUGCCAGCACGGGAACCAGCAAAGGCAGUGCUAAUAGCGAAAUGUUGGACAAAAUAAAGAAGAAGCUACGUAAAGAAGAGCCGCAAGAUGUUAUAAAGAAUGAAGUUCUAGAGCCGCAGAAAGUGAAGGAGGAGAGCAUCCCGGAGCCGGAAGACAAGUUCAGAGAGGAAGAGGAAACUAUUAGUCAAGAGAAGGCCAGGAAGAGGGCUGAGAUGCAAGCAGAGAUAAAAAAACUUAAGCAGGAAAUCACAGGAAAAGUUCCUAAAGAAAGAAAAGAAAGUAAUAAGGAGGAAGAGGAGGAAAAAGAGAGCGAUACUCUGAGAGAAUUUAAGAUGGAAAAGGCUAAGUAUGAAGAAGAGAAGAAGAAGCUCCCACGCAAGGGCGCCUCACGAGAGAAACAGACCUUGGCUCUCUUGGAAAGGUUCUCAGCCAAGGUGCAAAAGGCUUUUAAUGAAGCUGAAAGUGAUGAGGAAACUCCUGCAGUUGAUGAAGGAGAUGAUAACGAUGACACGUGGUUGCGCCACAAAUUCCACUUCAACGACACCAACCCUGUUUUAGCUAAAGAUGCAAGCACCAAGAGCGAUAGCUGGUAUGACAUGGAUGAUCCAAGAAAUCCUAUAAACAAGAGAAGAAGAGAUGAGACCAACAAAGCACAGAAGAAGACCAGAAAAUGAGGUUCCAGUAUUGGUGAUGAAAUGGUUUUAAUUGACUGAGUCGCAGAGGAUGGAAUGAUAUGUUGUAAUUAAUUACUGUUAAUUUUCAUUGUUCUGAAGUCAGCAGUUUGAAGCUAGGCUGUGUGUGGUGUGGAUGUAUUUCAAAGGGUGUUUGUGCAAUGAAUGUUGUAUAGAAAUAAAGCUUAAUUGCUGUUAUUAUGGAAUGGUAGGUAAUGUACUGAC